GGCUGCGAUGCUGGCCCCGCUGUUGGACCAGCUGAGCCCCAAGGUGUACGUGGCGUUCUGGCGCCAAUGUUCCUACACCUCCGCGGAGAUCUACCAGGAGCUUUUCGAGCUCAAGGCCAAGGGGAAGACGCCAGGGAUCCAUACUCUUGAGGAGGAGGAAGCUGUAGACGUUCGCAAGGCGGCCAGGUGCAAUGAGCUGGCCCGGAGUGCCAUCAAAUACUACGGGAUCUUUCUGGACAGUUACCAGCCUGACGGCAGAGUUGCGGAGAAGGUGGAGAAGGAGCACGCAUCUACGUACCUGAAUGCCAAGCUCAACCGGGCCCGGCUUCGGAUGAAGAUGUUGGGACUUCCCAUUGAGGACCGCAUCAAUGCGCACAGACAGGCCCUCGGGGAAUACGAGGAGAUCCUGGAGUAUGGCCAGCGGAACCCUGAGGUGGCGGAGAACGACGCCUCCAUGAGCCUCGAGCUGAAGCUGUGCUCGGAAAUGGCUGCUCUGCUGCCCAGCAAGCUGGCCCGCCUCACCAAGCUGCAGCGAAGCGCAUGAGAGAAGCGAGGG